AUUGUUUUCAAACUUUGUAUCAGUGUUGGACACAGUGUAUCCCAACGCUUUUCAUGGUGAGUGCGAGCCAUCUGCCGGCAAGAUAGGCACAGAGUCGAAGUUAGCUCUGUGCGGCUGGAGCGGGCAAGCCUACGAUGCCGUGGACUCAAGCCUGCUCCGGCCGCCGCAGCCUCACACGAGCCAAUUGGGAACUGUGUAUGCAACGAAACGGCGACGGCGGAAUGGUAAAAGUAUCAAACCUCCAUCGAAAGACGGUGUCACGAAGAGUAACCCUAGCAAACGACACCGUGAACGUCUCAACGCAGAACUGGACACCCUGGCCUCCCUCUUGCCCUUCGAACAGAACAUCCUCAGCAAGCUGGACCGCCUCUCCAUCCUCCGACUGUCUGUCAGCUAUUUGCGCACCAAAAGUUACUUUCAAGUUGUCAUGCACAAGGAGAAAGAGGAUCUUCAUGCACACAGACGGGAUCAUUAUGACCACAUCAUGCCAGACGGGGAGAUGUUUCUGCAGGCACUCAACGGCUUCCUUAUGAUCCUGACGUGUGAGGGUGAGGUGUUCUUUGCGACGCACAGCAUCGAGAGCUAUUUAGGAUUCCAUCAGUCAGAUAUUGUCCACCAAUCGGUGUACGAGCUGGUACAUUCCGAAGAUCGGGAAGAACUUCAGAGGCAGCUAUUAUGGAAUUCAUUUCUUCAGCCGGAAGUCAAUAAUUUGACCCUUCAAGACGUCUUGAGGCCUGAGAGGGCUCAUCUACUUGAAAGAAGUUUUACAGUGCGGUUUAGGUGUUUACUGGAUAAUACGAGUGGAUUUCUUAGGUUAGACAUCCGAGGAAGAAUAAAGGUACUGCAUGGUCAGAAUAAAAAAACUGAAGACCCGCCUUUAGCACUAUUCGCAAUAUGCGCACCGUUCGGACCUCCAAGUUUACUUGAAAUACCACAAAAAGAAGUCAUGUUCAAGAGCAAACAUAAGUUAGAUCUCGCUUUAGUUUCAAUGGAUCAAAGAGGGAAAAUGCUUCUAGGAUAUACAGAUGCGGAGCUUGCAAAUAUGGGUGGUUAUGAUUUAGUACAUUACGACGACCUGGCAUACGUUGCGAGUGCGCAUCAAGAAUUAUUGAAAACCGGAGCAUCAGGCAUGAUCGCAUACAGGUUUCAGACGAAAGAUGGUCAGUGGCAAUGGCUGCAGACGUCUUCACGUCUUGUAUAUAAGAACUCGAAGCCGGAUUUUGUUAUCAGCACGCAUAGGCCUUUAAUGGAGGAGGAAGGUCGAGAUCUCUUGGGCAAACGCACUAUGGACUUUAAAGUGAGCUACCUUGACACUGGUCUAACCAGUCUCUAUUUCUCUGAAACCGAGCAACUCUCCAACGAGUCCACUGUAACGACGCCACCGCGCGCCGCUCGCCGAUACAAAACCCAACUCCGAGAUUUCCUUUCCACCUGCAGAAAUAAACGACGGGUUCCCACCACGCCGGCCCCGCCACCUGUUGACUAUCUCGCGGCCGAUGCGGUCGCGGCCUAUACGAACCUAAACGGGGCCUACACAGCCCCUUACGGGGAGUACCCGCCGGCGCCGACCCUCCACUACGCCCCUCCCUUAGACGACAGGUUCCUCUCAGCCGACAACCUCUUCCACCAAUACAAACCUCUAUCCUACCACUAUACACCUUACACCCCCAACGGUUUCCUUGAACCUCCAGGGUACGACGUGACCACGUACCGACCUCCAUCAAGGGAAUACACGUACGUGGAUAGCACCGGGCGGUACAUGAGUCCCGUGACCGGUGAGCGGCGGUCGCCCAGCGUUGUCCCGGGGCCGAGUCCGGGUUCCAGCGGGUCCACAGAGCAGGAGAGGAUGCAGACAGCCCCCGAGAUGCCCCGGCAGACGGUGUUGAUGUGGGGGGCCGGUGGGUCGGCUCAAGAAGUCCCGGUGGAGUACUCCCCACCCCAGGUCUGGCGUUAUCCAUCCCACUACCACACAGCUGAGGCCACGCAGUGAGCUUUGUAAUACGUGCUUGGAAUCACCAAAGAUCGUGUCGCGUUUUGAGUUCUUCCACAUUGAUGUAGUCCUGGUGUGAGUUUCUUGAACAAGAUUAUUUUUGAAGGUGACUAGAACCUCAAUUAGACGCCCAUAGAGGGUUUGUGCAAUAUUUAACGAGUUGCUGGAAGCAAUUAAAGUGAAUCGGGAAAUAUUUCAUUUAAAAAAAUGAUAAUAUUUUUUAUUACACUAGCGAGUUGUUUCGCCUUAUUUGGAUUGUUUUAACUUGGACAACCUUUUUAGUAGAUACUUACCUACCAAUGUAACAUCUUUUUAUACUAGAUUAGAGACUUCGCUUUUACGGAAUGAAAACAUGAGUAUUAAAUAAAACUUAUUUUUAUAUAUUUUUUAAUUUUUAACCAUAAAAACCUUUCUCAGAGUUCAAGGAAAAUUGUCGAAUUGUUCCAAUCGCCUUUGAUUUCGGAGCCUAGUGUACAUAAUUUGCGAUUGUGUUAUUUAUAUAGAUUAAUUUAUCAUCUUGCAAAUAUUUUGCAACUUAUUAAAAAGCAAUAGUUAAUAUUUAUUUAAAACUUCAGAUAGUUUUGAGGGCCUUUGACAGAUGCUUUUCAAUAUGAUUUAAAAUAAUCACACUAAUGUGUUCAAGUUACUCAUAUCAGGAGUAAAUGAAAGAUUGAGGUUUGUUACCAUGUCGUGAUGUGCCUGUGUAUCUAUCGUUUUAAUGAAAUUAAUAGAAAUCUAUUAAUUUCAUUAAAAAUACCGACAAAAACAGGGUCCUCUCAUGUAUGUACAUAAUAUAUUUAUUAUAGAGUGAAGAAAUAAAACAAUUUUAUAAAUAUUCCUAGUAUAAAGUGUGUUCUCGCUACGCAAAAGACACGUUUAGUUUGUAUUAUGUAAAUAUUUUUAUAUAUUUUUGUAUGCUUUAGCUUUUAGUGUUAAUGAGUUUAAAGCUCAAAUAUAGUAUUCUCCGCUUGAACAUAAUCGUUUAGUGCAUGAAUAUUGUGAAUAUCUCUAUAAAUGUAAAAGAAAAAGGUUUUCAAAGUUUUUUAGUAUUAUACGCUGCAUCGUUACUUAUACCAUUUUCUAAAUUAUUAAAAAUUACUAAGUUAUAUCGGUUUUAAUCAUAUUUAUCUGCAGACUGGGUUAAUUUUUACAAAAUUUAAAAAGGUUUUUUUGCAAAAAUUUUACUUAAACGAUUGACAUCUUUAAGCGCGAUAUAUUUAUUUAUUUACAGUUCGUUGCAUUUAUAGCAAAAAUAAAAUAAUAAAUGAAAAUUAUAAGGUAUGCAACGGGCAGCCCUAUAGCUAACAAGCGACCAUUUUCAGUCAACCGAAAAAUCAAAAAAAAAUAUGAUGGGGUAAACUGCCGGAAGAGAAAAAGAUGAAAUAUCCAGGCAAGAGUUUUUUACAUAUAGAGUGAAUCAAAUACGUAUUUUUAUGAAUUUAGCAUUUUUUUAUGUUUAUAGAGACACCAACGCGGCCUGGCCAACGCAUUAACAACGCACUUGUAAAUACACGCGUGCCUUCAUAAAUUAUACUUUGUACCAAUUUUAAUAUGUUUGAUAUUAAAAUUGUAUAAUUAUGUUAAUAUUCCAUAGAAGUUUAUGAGUCGUUAAGGCUUUAUAAAUAUACAUUUUUUGAUUUUCUAUUGUCAAACAUUUAAAUCUAAAGUUUCUUAUACUAACUUUAUAACAUUUUGCAUUGCUGCAGUGACGCGUUGGCUUGGCGAAUCUUCCGAAUUCCGACGAAUUAGAUUUAAGCUAAACUUGUAUUAUGUCACUUCCGGAACAUUCUAACUUUAUCUUUCAUACAUUUGAAGGCCUAUAUUAUUAAACCCAAUGAAAUUUAUUCAUGUAACUUAAAACAGUAAACGUGUAUUGUAUAUAUAUAUAGGUUUAACCAUGCUAUACAGUAUUUUCAUAGCAAUUUGAAUUUUGCGUAAGCAGACGAGAUUUUGUAGGGCGUUGCCAUUUUCCUUUACGACAUAAGAAAUAUUUUUAUACAUUGUAAGUAUAGAAACUUUUUUAAUCAUUGCACCUGAUGCAGUGUAAUAAAAUAAAACGCGCAAAAAUUCACGAUUCUCAAUUCAAAAUAAAUAGUUGGAAUUUGUUAUGCGAGAUGCGUUUUAAUUAUGGAUUCCUUUAAGCAAUUUUUUUACGAAAAAAAAAACGAACAUAUUGUGUGCAGACUGUUAGUUUUAAUAUUGUCUAUGAUAUAUUGAGAUUGUUUAUUUAAAAAGGCAACGUUCUAUUAAGUCCCAAUAUCCUGUCUUCUCAUUGUAUAUUCCAUAAGUGAUGUGAGUACGGGUGAAAAUUAGUGUAUCGUUCGAGUCAUUUUAACGAAUUUAUCUUCCAUUUCGAGUUCCACUCAAUUUGUUAUUUAUUGCAAACUUAAAUUAUAUAAAAUUAGACGUAAGAUAAAAAUAAAAGCACAUUCAGUUAUUCCCUUGUAUGGCCAUGACAAGACUUUCUUUUCAAACUAAAGCCGCAAAUAAAAAUAGUACAUAAAAUUAUUGUAUAUUUAUUUGAUACUAUCAGAAUGGUAUGAAAUCCAAGAUUUUGUAUAAGAGAUUAAUUAUUCUGUAUUUCUUCAGAAGAUUUUUCAUCAAUCUGUUGUCAUGGAUCAAAUAUUCAACAUCCGAGAAUUGUUGUGAAUCGAUCAUUCACCGAGAAUUGUUUAAAUACAAAAUUCUUUGAAAAUUGUAAAUAAAUAGAUAAGGCGCUUUACGUAUGUAUGAUUAAUAUUUAUACUUAUCCAAGUGAAAUAGAAUUCUGUAUUUAUUUUAGU